UUCGUCUCGCACCGAGUGAGCCCUCGAGAUAAGAUAGUUUUUCGUGGCCAUACGUGUUCGAAUGCAUGCAUUUUGACACAUUAUCCACUCUGUUCGUUUGUUGUCUCCUUGAAUGUUGGGCAGCUGAAGCAUAUUUAUGCCCGUUUUCACAGCGUCUUCUCACCAGCUUGAUGCGACACUCCGCAGUUUGCGUGAUGGGAUAUAUUUGCCUUGGGAGAUCGUGACGAACUAAAGUGGUCGUCCAUUUUGCAUUCACUGCAUUCAUGAGCAUGAGGAAUGUUUCUUGAAGAGCAUAUUGAUACAGGCUAUGAUCAUGCAAUGCUAAAUAACCGACGGCGAGGUGCCGAUCGUGGAAUGUUCGAAAAUGAGAGUAAAGUCUUUUACCGACAUAACAACAGAUGCUUCUUCAUGAGAAACUUGAGCUCAUGGUGUUGGGUCUUCAUGCUGUUGGCAACUCUAUACCUACCUGUCCCUAGCUAUUCGUUGUCGCCAGAUGGGGAAGCGUUGUUAUCUUUCAAGCGGGGUCUGUCCAACGCCAAUCGCUCACUCUCGAACUGGAAUGCAUCCCACCCUAAUCCAUGUUUGUGGUCGGGGGUCACAUGUCUCCCCAAAAGCGACCGGGUUUAUAUACUAAAUCUCCCUCGUCGGAACUUGCGAGGCAUCAUAUCACCGGAAAUUGGAAAGCUCGAUCAGCUGCGUAGGCUUGGCCUUCAUCACAACAACCUGUUUGGCACCAUUCCAAGGGAGAUAAACAAAUGCACAAAUCUAAAAGCUCUAUACUUGCGAGGAAAUUUUUUGACAGGUAACAUUCCAGAGCAGCUUGGCGACCUGGAGCGCCUUAAAAUCUUGGAUGUUUCUAACAACGGCUUAACGGGAAGUAUUCCUGAGUCUCUUGGGCGCCUGUCACAGCUUUCCUUCUUGAAUGUUUCGGCCAAUUUCCUAGUUGGAAAGAUACCCACAUUUGGAGUACUGGCAAAGUUCGGAAGUCCCUCAUUCUCUUCAAAUCCAGGACUAUGCGGACUUCAAGUCAAGGUCGUGUGCCAGAUUAUUCCUCCAGGUAGUCCUCCAAAUGGCACGAAACUGUCACCACCAAUUACAGCUCCAGCUCCUGCCUCAGCUCCAGUUGCUGAAACAUUGCCUGUGGCAGGAAUGACGAAUACGUCAGUUGGAGGGCACUCGGUUGGUUAUUCAGACAGCCUUUUGAUAAGCGCCAUAGGCACCGUUGGCGUUUCUCUCUUGGUGGUUGUUAUGUGCUUUGGAGGUUUCUGCGUAUACAAGAAGAGUUGCAGUAAUCUGCACCAAGUUGUUCAAGGCAACAAUAUUGAUGGUUCUAAACUGGUGAUGUUCCAUAGUGACUUGCCUUACAACAAAGAUGAUGUAAUAAAGAGGAUAGAGAACUUAUGUGAUUCGGAUAUUAUUGGAUGUGGUGGCUUCGGGACCGUGUACCGCUUAGUCAUGGAUGAUGGUUGCAUGUUUGCUGUCAAGAGGAUAGGGAAGCAGGGAAUGGGCUCUGAACAAUUGUUCGAACAAGAAUUGGGGAUCUUGGGAAGUUUCAAGCACCGAAAUUUGGUGAAUCUGCGUGGCUACUGCAACGCUCCAUUAGCCAAUUUGUUGAUCUAUGACUUCUUACCUGGGGGAAGUCUUGACGAUAACUUACAUGAGAGGUCGUCAGCUGGAGAGCGUCUUAACUGGAAUACUCGAAUGAACAUAGCGAUCGGCUCAGCCCGAGGGAUUGCAUAUCUUCACCACGAUUGCGUUCCCCGGAUUAUUCACCGGGAUAUCAAGUCCAGCAAUGUUCUUUUAGACGAAAAGUUGGAGCCUCAUGUGUCUGAUUUUGGUUUAGCGAAGCUACUUGAGGAUGAAUCCUCUCAUGUAACAACGAUUGUUGCUGGCACAUUUGGUUAUUUGGCACCAGAAUAUAUGCAUAGUGGGCGGGCAACAGAGAAGGGUGACGUCUACAGCUAUGGUGUCAUGUUGUUGGAGCUGAUCAGCGGCAAACGACCCACUGAUGCUUCACUAAUUAAGAAUAAUUUAAAUUUAGUCAGCUGGGUUACUUCUUGCGCCAGAACUAAUCAAGUAGAAGAAAUUGUUGAAAAGAGUUGCUUAGACGAAGUACCAAUAGAGCGCAUUGAGUCGACUUUGAACAUUGCACUGCAGUGUAUUUCUCCAAACCCAGAUGAACGGCCGACCAUGGAUAGAGUUGUGCAGUUACUAGAAGCUGAUACUCUUUCAAGGGUCCCAAGUGAUCUCAGCAACUUUUACUGCUCUCCAAUAUCUGAUCACGAAGGUCGAGGGCGUUGACGAUCAGUUCCACUUUCUGUUGUUUUAUAUUAAGUUACACGGUGCACACCCAAAAUCCCAUUAUUUCUUAUAUCACGCUGGACAUAUAUUUUCGGCAGUGUGGUGUUCCGAUUGUACAGAUAUCUGAUAAGCGAUUGAUGAAGCGCAAGGAGUAAAACCCUCGAGUUAAUUUAAAGCUCGACAUAUUCAUUAGAAACAAAAAUUCAUUUUGGCGUUUCUCUGAUUGGUGGUGGUAGUGCAUCUUGUAAGUACUUCUCGUGAAUGUUCCAAAGUGGAUGUCUCCAUUCAGGUUGACAUAAAUCAUUUUCCGUGGUUCAAUGCAUGAGAUCAAUUAUUCCUUAUGUACUGCCCAUUACACAAUGGAAA